UUCAGUCAUUUCAUAUUUGCUUUUAUAUCACAACGGCUUAGCAGGGAAGUCGGGUAGCUACUGGGUCUGUUGCAGUUCUGCUGACAUUCACAAAUUGUCGGAUUUUAAAACUAAUUGUUUCUUCCUUUUAGCCGCCGGCUCCUUUGGUGAUGAGUGUCAUUUCAGUCCAGUCUGUGAAAAUGGUGACAGCCAUCGUGUUACUGAGCGUCUUCUUAGUUUCAGGUGCUUUGGCUGAUUGUCCUAAAAGCCCAUCCCUAUUCAUGACUGCACAAGCACUGAGUGGAUCUUGUCUGCAAAUCCCAUGUAACUUUAGAGUUAAACAAAGAGAGAAAUUCAACAGCACAAGACCAACCUUCGGAGUGUGGAUUAAAAGUAGCAAAAAGUUUUACCACGAACGACAAAAUGGGAUUUUCAACAGCAGCAGGAAGAAUAAUAAGUUCCCAAUGAGUCUUACUGGAGACCUGAGUCAGAAAAACUGCACCACUUUAUUUUCCAGUUUAAUCACAAAUUACACAGACUGGUACUUCUUCAGAAUUAAGAACGGACCAUUCAGGGCAACAGCUUCUUGUGAUCCUCUUCAAAUAACAGUCAAAGAUUCUCCUCCGAGGCCCAGCAUUGAGAUCUCAGGUGAUCUGAAGGAGAAGCAGUCGGUCACUAUAACCUGCUCAGCUUUCACUCCCUGUCCACACUCCCCUCCUGAACUCACCUGGACUCUCCAACAAGACCCUCACAACAAAAUAGAGGAAAACACAGAUCGAACCUUCACAACUAAAAUCCAGACAACCUUCACUCUGUCAGACGAACAUGAUGGAUUCAUCAUCACCUGUUCAGCCAGAUAUCCUGUAAAUGAAGGAAAAGACGUCAAGACAGCAGAGGAGAGAACGACGCUCAGUGUUUCAUAUGCUCACAAAGACACCUCAGUGUCCAUCAGCUCUGUCAGCUCGCUACAGUGGGGUUCAGCUCUUGGAGGGAUCCUUGUCAUCAUACUUAUCUGCCUUUCUAUCUGUGUUUGGUGGUUUAAGUCAAAACGUCCACAAACUCAGACUCAAAGAGGUGACGAGCUGACUCUUCAAAUGCCAGCCAGCAAAACAGAAGAAGACAUCCAUUAUGGAGAGAUCGACUUCUCCAAGCGGAGACCUGGACCGUCCUCGGCCUCGGAGCAGGACAGUGGACAGCAGCAGGAUACGCUGUAUGCACAGGUCAACGUGUCCCAGACAGCGAGCAGCUUAAGACAGGCUGCUGACGUCCCAGAGGAUCUCUACGCUCAAGUGAAGAAAAAAUGAGUGUUGUUUUGUGAUCAUGUUUGGGUCGUAUUUGUAAUAUACCUUUAUUUUUUACUUAUACAAAAUGUUUUAUAUGUCAGUUAUUGUAGUAAAAGACACUGGAGAGGAAAAUGCAAUCUUCACUGGCCACAGUUAAAGGGGAACUCAAAACCUCCACACCCUGCAGCUCAAAUAUUUUUGCCAUCAAGAUAUAAUAAAUCAUAUGUGUGAACUGACCUCAUAUGACUGUUGCUGUGCGAUUAGCAAUCUGUACAUCAGAUCAGUGCAAGUAUAAGUCCGAAAGGCUCUUAAUGGGGAACUAUUCUAAAUGGUGACACGAGAAGAAGCAGUUCACACAUUAACAAUGUACUACAAGAUUAUA